AGCUUGCGACUGCAUCCAGCGUUGGUGCAUGCGCUGUCGGAGCCAGAGAAGCAGCUUGUCUACGCCUAUGACCUAUCGAGACUGGACGUGUUCGAGGCGCAGGCCUUCCUCAAGACCAUCGACGUCUGGUGUGCCAAGGUGGAGCGCAACAGGCGACGGCAGUACCUAUCAGUUGCGCUGGGAUUCCAAGUCCCCUUGAAGAUGGAGCUGCGACCUCCAACACCGCUAUUUAAGCGUCGCCCGAGAUGGAUAUCAGAGGAGCAAGCUAACCAUGAAGACCCGGUUAUUGGAGGAGACAAGGUCGACAUUUUGGUGCAAAACCAAGUGGUUUGCUACCGUCUUCCCGUCGCUAGUGCCGGAUGCGGUGUCAUCUCUCUUACCAAGACACUUCAGCUACUUGAUCUCAGCAACGGAGAAUCGGUCUACAGCGACAAGGAAUCGAUGGAGAAUGAGAUCGGAAACAACGGCGUGCAGGCUAUCGCGUUGGCACUGCAGCAAAACCAAACGGUGACGCGGGUACGUGAGAUUUGCACGCCAACUUACUGUAGACUUCGUUGA